UAAUCGUCGGUGGAGGGAUAGCCGGUGUCAGCUGUGCAGAAAUGGUGCUUGUAAGGCCACAUUUGGUGUAUGCCUCGAGUGUUUGGAGUCGGUAUAAUACCAAAGACAUUGAAGUGAUGGAGAAUGUCAAGAGGAGAGCAACAAAACUCAUAACGGGAUAUAGAAAAUCUAACAUACCGGCAACGCUUACAGAAAUUAAACCUACCAACCUUAGAAUAUUGUAGACACAGAGGGGAUAUGAUUAAUGUCUACAAAAUCUGAAAUAACAUUUAUGAUAAACGAGCCACAAUUAACUUGUUCUCGAUGGAUACCAACAGUAACACAAAAGGACAUACACAAAAUAUUUCUUAAAAGAUGAUACCAUUUGGAUAUCAGGAAAAACUUCAGUUUUCGUGUCGUAGACAAAUGGAAAAUUUUACCACAAUAUGUAAUAGAUGGAAAUAAUGUUAUACAAUUUGAAAUGUUACUGUACAAUCAUUUGAAAAGAGUAAAAAUAACAUUCUCUGCUAGCUAGUUAAUUAAUAAAUUUGAUUAUUGGUUAAAUGUUAAAGAUGUAAUGUACAUCGGAAGUAAACAAAUUUAGUAUCAUAUAUAUAUAAUUCAUGGUGUGGAUAGAGAGGCUUACAGCCUUUAUCCAUUCUUUUAAUCAUAGUAAAUGUAUGUGUAUAUUGACAUCAUGUUUUAAUAUUAUGGUUUGUGGUAUUUCCCUGUAAUGCAAGGAGCAUUCAUAUUGCCACUAAACAGAAUUUUAAAGUAGUUUAAUACUUAAAAGAAAUUAUAUUACCCAGCUAUCAUCCCUGUGCCCUGAGGUCAACAUUCUCCUGGUCACCGCCUCCCCAAUUAUCAAGGCCAUCACUAACUACAAAAAGAUAUCCAAAACCUUAGAAGAAUUUGAUGUAGAAGAACGACCUUGGAUGUCAGUACAACAAGACUGCCCAAAUGUCAAGGUCAUCCAGACAGAGGCUACUGCACUGGAUGCUGAAGCACAUAUGUUGACAGUUCAGGAAGGACAGACAUUCCGUUACAAACAACUCUGUAUUUGUUCCGGAGGCCGACCUAAGGUUAUUGCCAAGGACAACCCUUACGUAUUAGGAAUUCGUGAUACACAGAGCGUCAAGGAGUUUCAAAAACAUCUACACAAUGCCCGCAGAAUAAUGGUGAUAGGAAAUGGAGGGAUCGCUACAGAGCUUGUAUACGAGGUUGAGGGUUGUGAGGUGAUCUGGGCGAUUAAGGACAAAUCUAUAUCUAGUGCCUUUGUGGAUGCUGGAGCUGCAGAAUUCUUUUUGCCUCAACUUAACUCCGACAAAGAUGAGGGAAAUAAACCUUCAAAACGCCUCAAAUAUACCACUGAAGAUAAUACCCUUAAGGUAGAACCAAAAGAGGAAACAUUUGGAGGUGCCUUGGGUCCGGAUUGGUCAACAAAAGAGGAAACAUUUGGAGGUGCCUUGGGUCCGGAUUGGUCAACAAAAGAGGAAACAUUUGGAGGUGCCUUGGGUCCAGAUUGGUCAACAAAUCUGAAAAUGACUGGCCAACAGGAGAUAUCACAUCAAGUACAUGUCGAGUACAGAGUAGAGGUUAAGGUCAUCCAUACUGCUGAAGAUUUCGUUGCCAAGGAGAUGACAGAAGCUACAUUGCCAGGAUUUACACACGACAGGUGGCCAGUUUAUGUGGAGCUGACCAAUGGUCAAGUGUAUGGCUGUGAUUUUGUGGUUAGUGCAACAGGUGUAGUUCCAAACACUUCUCCCUUCAUCACGGGUAACCAGUUUGCCUUAUCAGCUGAUGGUGGAAUGUUGGUUAAUGAGAAAAUGGAAACCUCAGUUGCUGAUAUAUAUGCAGCAGGAGAUGUGUGUAGUGCAAAUUGGACACCCUCACCUCACUGGAUUCAGAUGAGGUUAUGGACCCAGGCCAGACAGAUGGGUGCUUAUUCUGCUCAGUGUAUGGUGGCCAAGGCCAAGGAUGAGCUUAUCUCCCUUGAUUUCUGCUUUGAGAUGUUUGCUCAUGUCACCAAGUUCUUUGGCUUGAAGGUAAUUUUGCUGGGAAAAUUUAAUGCUCAAGGGCUAGAAGGUGACCAUGAACUUUUGUUACGGAUGACCAAAGGUAAGGAAUACAUUAAAGCAGUACUUAAGGAUGGUACAAUGCAUGGAGCCAUCCUUAUAGGAGAGACAGAUCUAGAAGAGACAUUUGAAAAUCUCAUACUCAACCAGAUAGAUUUGACGCCCUUCAAGGAUGAUCUCCUCGAUCCUAAUAUUGAUCUGGAGGAUUUUUUUGACUGACACCUACUUUAAGAAAUAAUAGGGGUACUAUUGGAACAAAAUAGACAUUCCUGUGAGAACAAGAGCUGCUAAUAGAAAACAGACACCUUCUGAGUGCUGUUGGAUUCACCAUGUCAAUUUUGGUGAAUGGAGACAACGAGAAUUCUGGAAUCCACUUAACAGAGUUUUGCAUUUCAUCAAUACUCUCUUCACUUAGACUGUAGAAGGUUUGGUCUCCAGAACCUGGUUUCUUUAUAGAAAAUAGGUUUCAAAGGCCAGGUUGUAUAAUUAACUGUCUGAUUUACUUCUUUACUUCAACUGUGAUGUUUUAUAUUUUAAAUCUUUUGAAAGUGUGAAUUUGAAUUUUAUUGAGAUAUUUUCUUGCUUAUGUCCUGUUUUUUUCCCUUUAUUGCUUUAUUUCACAAUAAAAGUUUUUGAUUUCAAUAAAAGAUGAAUUCAUAAAAAAAAUUCAGAAGUUUCAUGAUAGGAAUUUUUUAAGAGUUACUUUUACCAUUUCUGUGUACAUACGGACAAGUUAAAUACUUGUCCAUCAAAGUAUCUUUGAUUUGGCACGAGCAAAUUUUAAUUGAUAGUAUUAGAUUACAAACAUACCUCUUACUAGAGUGGAGACAUACAGUACAUGACAUUAUCAGUCAUAAGUCAUAUUCUACACUAUGCAAUAUUAUUUAUUUUUACAAUUUUUUUUGUGUCAAUAAAUUUUUUGAUUAAAAUAAAUCAAAUAA